GUUUUUAAUAACAAUAAUAACAAAAAAGGUGUGCUAGCAACAGUAAAGAGCCUGGUCGGACUGCUCGGGUAUUUAGGCUCUAUACUGGUGGCAAAGUCCAGUCGGUUCCAGCAGGUUGACGGUAAAAACAGGUGGAAAAAUCAAAGUUUGUUUUGUCUUCUUUAAUCCACAGCAUACAAAUAAAGAGUCCUUGUGAAAACAACAAACCAGUCACAGACAUGGUUUUUCGGAAACAGCAGCAGUAUAGCUGGAAAGACUCGAACUUAGCACAGUUCGGAUCGGACACUGAGAGACUGGUGAAAAAGGAUGCAGCAAAAUUUGAACCUGCUUGGAGUACGGCAGGACAAACAUGCGGCUUGCAAAUCUGGAGAAUUGUGAACUGGAAAGUGACAACAUGGCCAAGAGAAGAUUACGGGAAAUUUUACGAUGGAGAUUCUUAUAUCAUUCUUAAUACCUACAAGAAGAGGAGAUCAAUGGAGUUGCUAUAUGACGUUCAUUUCUGGAUCGGUAUGUACAGUACCCCGGAUGAGUACGGCACGGCCGCCUAUAAGACCGUCGAGCUGGAUAUGUACCUUGAUGACAUUCCAAUACAACACCGAGAAGUCCAGGGUCACGAGUCCGAGCUUUUCAAAAGUUACUUCGAAAGUAUCACGAUUUUGAAAGGCGGAGCUGACAGUGGUUUCAGACACGUGCAGCCGGAUGAAUACACGCCACGCCUUCUUCAUUUCCAUGGCGACCGUAAAGGAGUGGUAGUAAAAGAGGUUCCAAGGUGUAAGACUCUGUUAGACAAUACAGAUGUCUACAUACUUGACUUGGGUCUGAAACUUAUCCAGUGGAAUGGCUCUGGUAGCAACAAGGAGGAGAGAAUAAAGGGAUUGCGGUAUCUUAAGAAUCUACAAGAUGAACGCGGAGGUAAAUGCCGGACUGAAACAUUAGACGAGAAUCCACGAGACACUCGUAACGAGUUUUAUGCCGCUCUAACUGAGGACGGCGAUGCAGACGACAACACUGUAACUGUUGACAAGACUAAAGAACUGUACAGAUUGUCAGAUGCUUCUGGAAGUAUGGAAAUGACGCUGGAAAAAUCAGGAAAGAUCGACAUGGAAGACUUUGAUAGUGAGGAUGUAUUUAUUUUUGACACGAAAGAGUCGGUGUUCGUCUGGAUCGGGGAGCAGACGACACGCCAGGAAAAGCGCAAUGCAAUGUCGUAUGCCCAUGAUUAUCUGAUGAAGACAGACCAUCCAUUUGUUCCAAUUUGUUGUCUCUCCGAAAACAAGUGUUCCGAGGCGUUCAAUAUGGCGAUUGCAGCCUGAUGCGACACUUUUCAUGUCUGUUCAGUAACUUGAUGUAGACUGGAAACAUUCUUUACAAAGCUUCUUGAAUUUGUUUCAUCCGGCCUGUAGUGUUCACAUAAGAAGCACUUGUACCAAAUGCAACCCUUUUCCACUUUUUGCGCAUAGUUUAGGAAUUAAAAGAAAGACCAUUUUUUUCAAUUUUACCAAAACUGUUGACUCCUAUUGCACGAUUAUCAAGAAUUUUAUGUAUAAACUUGAUGCACAAAUUAAAUUACAAAUUGACGUUUGUAUUCAUAAGUAUUCUUUUACAUUUAUC